AUGGUGAGUUUGGUUGAACGAUUAGACUUGCAACCAAAUGAAAUCAACUGUCUGAAAUUAUCUGAAGAGCGUAAACUGGUGUGUGCAGCUAAAGAAUGUGUUAAUCCACCUAGCAAGCAAAAUUUACGACUUAAACUGCGUUUAGAAGCUCGUCGUCGCAUGUGGAAACAUAAGCUAGAAUCAUUGCCAAGCAAUGAAGACAUUGAGUUAUUUUGUAUCAAUCUACGGAAUAGUGCGAGUUACUCAAGAAGUGGGGACAACAAACUUGUUGACUAUUAUGGUUAUAAGAAAGUAAUGGAUCUCGCUCCGAAAGCUUUGAAAGACUUCUUAUCUACGAAAACUUUUAUGGAUUUGCUUCAAAUUAGCAACACUAAAGACAGCGGAAGUGUAGCUGUUGAUUCUGUUAUCGACUAUCUGGAUUUACGAGAUUUUUUAGAAGAAGAAGUGCUACCUCAUAUACCCUCUCUUGCGAAUUUGAAUGAAGAAGAGCCAAUGCUACAGGAUUAUUAUUUAUGUAUGGCUACACGAAAAUUUUUCUUUUUGCUCGAUACGAUGCAGCAAAAAAAAAUUCGUAUCGUUGACAUUGUAGCUAGUCGGUUAUUGGAAGAAUUUGAGACUCUAAAUGGAUCAUCGAAUGGUAGUGCUGAUGAUGGUAAUGAUGAAUCUGCAGAAGUUGAACAAGGAACAUCUCAAACUAUAAGUACAUUAAAUUGGUUUUCGAAACGAAACUGUUUGAGAAUAAAAGAUCUGUACGAACAGCUUGAUACAGAUGGUAACGGAUUAUUGAGUUUUACAGAAAUGACUGAUUUUCAGCGUGUCACGAAUUCUUUUAUGCAGAGAGUUUUCGAAGUUCAACAAACUUAUGAUAAUGAUGAACUUGAUUUAAGAGGAUUUUGUGAUCUUCUACUUGCAAUGGAGCAUAAAUCAGAUCGUUCCGCACUGAGUUAUUACUUUCGAGUGCUGGACGUUGAUGGUGAUAAUUUAUUAACUGCUUCGGAUCUGAAUUUUUUCUAUCGUGAUCUUGCAAGAAUGUUAGAAGAUUGCUUCGCAGAUGGUAGUUCGCAAAAAGCUCCCACAUUCGAGGACAUCAAGAAUGAAAUAUUCGAUAUGUGCCAUUCAAAAAAUCCUGAAGGGAUAACAUUAAAAGAAUUGAUUUCAUCGGGCAAAGGUGGUACGGUAGUGGGUAUGUUAACUGAUCUUGAUGCCUUUUUUGAAUAUGAAAAUCGUGAAGAUAUUAUCUAUGAAGAGUGA